AUGGCAGGGCUCGACGGAGAGGUCGAAAAGGCUGGACUCGGGGUCGACGACAACGAAAAGUCCAAGGGGAGGGAGAGGAGCGGGACAAAGUCAAGCACCAAAGAGGGCAAAAAGGGCGUGUUUGGAUUCAUGACGGACCUCUUGAACACCAAGUCGGCCGUUGUCAUCUCGGCACCCUACGAUCCGGUGCACUUGACUCACGUCGGUUUCAACUCGGACACCGGCGAAUUCACGGGUCUGCCCAAGGAAUGGCAGCAGACGUUGCAGGCUAACGGUGUAACGCGAGAAGAACAGGAAAAGAAUCCCCAAGCUGUCCUGGAUAUCAUGAAAUUCUACGGAGACAACAUGGCCAACGGUCACAGUAUACAAGAAGGCGUCUUUGACAAGAUGAAAAACGCCGCCGGGUCUAACCGGAGUAGCGGCGAGGCCGAAGGCGAGGCUGGUCAACCAGUCUCCUUGUCACAGGCGGCAGAGAUCGCAAAAGCUCACGGAUCUGAGAACGCGUUCAUGGCCAAAUAUGCUCAUCCUGGAGAUGUUCGGAGCGCACCCCCACCACCAGGCCCGCCUAAACCGUCGAGAAUGCAGAACGUACCUACGGGGACUUCUGUGCCACCGGCGCUCGAUCGAUCAGUCUCGCAGCGAGCACCUCCCACCCAGGUCGCACCGAAAGCGCUCGACCGGUCCAUGUCGCAUCGGCAUCCGGAUCCUCGGCAACCGCCACCUCCCACCGCCCAGCCAAGUCAAAAGGCUCCCAUGCAGUCAUCCCACCCGUCUCGCGCUCCAGGCCAGAGCGGCAGUGCUGCCACAGCGGCCCUGUCGCGUCAAGCGAGUAAGGCCGCCCCAGGUAGUGGAGCGGCGACCCCUCGACGACGGGAAAAGCCCAAGGAGAAUUUCGAUGUAGUCGCACGGCUCAAGGCGAUUUGCACGGAUGCGGAUCCGACCAAGCUGUACAGGAGCCUGGUCAAGAUCGGACAAGGUGCCUCUGGAGGUGUCUACACUGCGUACCAGCUCGGUACCAACGUCUCAGUGGCCAUCAAGCAGAUGAAUCUCGAGAAGCAGCCGAAGCAGGACCUCAUCAUCAACGAGAUCCUCGUCAUGAAGUCGUCUCGCCAUCCCAACAUUGUCAACUACAUCGAUUCUUUCCUUUACAAGGGAGAUCUUUGGGUCGUGAUGGAGUACAUGGAGGGCGGUAGUCUGACCGACGUGGUGACCUGCAACAUCAUGACCGAAGGUCAAAUCGCCGCCGUGAGCCGGGAGACGGCCGAGGGUCUGCGGCAUUUGCACUCGCACGGUGUCAUUCAUCGAGAUAUCAAGAGUGAUAACAUUCUGCUCAGCAUGACCGGUGAUAUCAAGCUCACCGACUUUGGGUUCUGUGCCCAAAUCUCCGAUCCGGCCAACGCCAAGCGGACGACCAUGGUGGGAACGCCGUAUUGGAUGGCGCCCGAGGUUGUGACACGGAAAGAGUACGGCCCCAAGGUCGAUAUCUGGAGUCUGGGAAUCAUGGCCAUAGAAAUGAUCGAGGGGGAGCCGCCAUACUUGAAUGAGAACCCGCUUCGGGCUCUGUACCUCAUCGCAACGAACGGGACACCCAAAAUCAACAACCAGGAGUCACUUUCUCCGGUGUUCCGUGACUAUCUCGCGCGAUGUCUCGAAGUCAAUGCCGACAAGCGACCCGAUGCAGCGCGACUGCUCCAGCAUACGUUCUUUAAAUCGGCCGAACCUCUCAAAACGCUGGCUCCCUUGAUCAAGGCGGCUCGAGAGCAGGCCAGAAAGUAG